AUGGAUUGGCGCAGCUACAUUGACGAUCAAUUGGUGGGCAGCGGUAGCGUCACCAAAGCAGCGAUCGUGGGCCUCGAUGGCGCCAUCUGGGCGAAGAGCGACCACUUUAAUAUUGGCGAUGACGAGGCGGCGGCGGCCGCCCAGGGAUUCGUCAACUCGGAAACGCUGUACGCUAGCGGGCUGAAAUUCGAAGGCAUCAAAUACAUGAUUAUCAAGGCUGAUCAUGAACAGAUUUUUGGCAAAAAGGGAACCGGCGGGUUUGCGGCUUCCAAAACGAAGAAAGCCGUGAUCAUCUCCAUCUACGAUGGAACAAUCCAGCCUGGAAACUGCGCACUCACGACACAAAGAUUGGCCGACUACCUCAUCGAAAACGACUAU